GCUCCCGGGCGCCUCUGGCAGAGGGCGGCGCGCUCUGCCAUGCCCAAGCCGCCCGAGUAUUCCGAGCUGAGCGACUCUUUAACGCUUCCCGUGGCGACAGGAAGAUUUCCAGGACCCCUGCACAGAGCAUGGAGAAUGAUGAACUUCCGCCAGCGGAUGGGAUGGAUCGGCGUGGGGCUGUAUCUGUUAGCGAGCGCCGCGGCGUUUUACUACGUGUUUGAGAUCAAUGAGACUUACAACAGGCUGGCCCUGGAACACACCCAGCAGCACCCGGCCGAGCCCCGGGACGGGGCCACAUGGACGCAUUCCUUGAAAGCGCGGCUCCUCUCCCUGCCCUUCUGGGUGUGGACAGUUAUUUUCCUCAUUCCUUACUUACAGAUGUUUUUGUUCCUUUAUUCUUGCACCAGAGCUGACCCUAAGACGGUGGGCUAUUGCAUUAUCCCCAUUUGCCUGGCGGUCGUUUGCAAUCGCCACCAGGCAUUUGUCAAGGCUUCCAAUCAGAUCAGCAGACUACAACUGAUUGACACGUAAAGUCGUUUUUUUUUUUUUUCCUUCUGAUGGCUCAAUAGCCUGGUCAUAAGACUGCAGUUUCUUCACAGAUCUCAGGAAGUUGUGGUGGAGCGGGGCAUUUUUGGAAACAAAUGUGACUAGGGGGCUAUCUUUAUCUGAAUGAUUUUUUUUUUUUUUAGGCCAAGCCUGAGACAGAGUACUACCAAAUCAUGUUGAUGACUUAAGAUUUUGGAAGUAAAAUCGUGUCUGUUAUUUGCAUUCUUUUAGAAACUUGAAUAAGUACCUGAAGUCAUAUUUUUAUUCUACUGUGCAGCAUAGUGAUUCAGAAUUUUUUUUUCCUAUGGGGAAGAAAUGAGUAUGAACAUUUCCAUUGUGUUGAAUGUAAAAAGGUCCAAACAUGGUCAUAAAAUUUAAAUUUUAUAUGAUUAUCUGGCUUGCUUUAGAAUUCUUCAAAUGAAAGUACUUUCGUAUCCUACCGUAGCUAAGCCAACUAUGCUUAUUGGCUCAGUUUACGAGAAUGGUAUAAAAUCACUGAGGUGAUGGUUGUCUGAAGCAGAAUUUGUUUUUUUUGAUAAUGGCAUAAACUGGUUUCAUUAAUGGCCUA